UAAAAAUUAAAUCACAAAAAAAAGAAUAAAAGAAAAUACAGUUCGACGUUAGUCUAGUGUUCAAGUAAAAUCGUUUAAGAAAAAAGUUUUGUCAAGUGCAACGUUCAAAAACAACUCUGAGCAACAUGAGUACACUGAGCACAAUUCGCAGCCUCAACGAUUUCCAGAAGCGCAUCGAAGCUGCCGAUAAUAAAAUCGUUGUGCUCGAUUUCUAUGCCACUUGGUGUGGACCAUGCAAAGAUAUUGAAAAGACGGUAAAAUCACUAUCACGCCAAUAUGCAGACAAGGCGCUCUUCAUGAAGAUCAAUGUGGACAAAUACGAGGAACUGGUUCAAAAGUACAAAGUUCGCAGCAUGCCGACAUUCGUAUUCCUCAAGGGCAAUCGACGAGUGGGCAGCAUUGUUGGUGCCGAUGAACACAAACUGGUUCACUUGAUGGCAAAACUCGCUAAAUGAACGAAACAACUACACUGGCAAA